CCACCGAAAUGAACUCCAUCGCUUACAUACACUUCGCCCUCCCACUGCCGUGGGCUUUGAGUGGCCGAGAAACUCAUUAUCCAAAAGCAGUCACUCAGAAUGGCUCCGGAAGGGUUUGUCUUCCUCAACACGACAGGGGCGCCAAGUCUGUCGAAACGGGCGGCCAAGCGAGUGAGGGGCCAUGUCACAAAGACGAACUUUGCGAAUCGAAGGCAACGCAAGGCCGAAGCAGAUGCUGACAAACGUGACAAAUCAACACGCGAGGCGCAGAAGCUGAACUCGCCAUGCUCACUCAGAACCCAGCUGUCAAGUAGCAGUCUGGCGAUGGCGCUGUCCAUCGCGACAUCCAGGGCUGACAAGCAGCACGCCGCCGAACUGCUCAACGAAUUUUGGUCCGUCAUAUUCCUUCACGAUAGGGUUCUGCCAGGGGGCGAGAACGACCAGCUAUGGCUGGACACGAUGGCAUCGGAGCCAGCCUUUGUCGAGGCCACCAUGGCCGCAGCCGUUCGGUAUUGGUCACCCGACUUGGCGUGUAAGUUGAGGUCAGAGAUGCAUUUACAUAAAGCAACAGCCAUGGUGAUCAGUCGGGUCUCGUCCGAUGACACCUAUUCUGAUGGAUUCUUUGGCGCUGUGCUGACCAUGGCCCUGGGCGAGCGCAUGGUGCGAAACGACGCAGCAUGGGAGAUCCACAUGAAUGGCCUCGUACAGACGAUCAAAGCGCGGCAGGCUCGUGGGAUGGCCAGCUUACCGGCCUUGUUCACGGAUCUCAUGAUUCUCGACACCGUCAACGAUGUCAUCGGCUUCCCCCGAGUAUACCACCCCAAACUCGUUGAACUCCUCGAGGACCAUGCCGACGGGAUCAUCACCACUACGUCGGCAUUGGCGUACCGCGUGGUGCUGCUCCGGGGAAUGGUCCACUUGCACCGGCAGAACGGCUAUAGACGGGACGAGGUCGAAGCGAUAGCAGAGGUCUCUGAGAUUAUCCAACAGCGCACCCUUGUACUGGAAGCACACAGCAAUCCGUACGUGAGAUGCACUACCAAGGCCAAUCGGUUACUAUCCACCUUAUCGUGGCCUCUUGAGGUGGAUGAGAGCGCAUGUGCCUCGCUGGCAGAUGAGCUGAAGGCAGAGAUGGAGAGUCUGCCCGGCAGAUCAUGCCUUUACAUGGAUUUGACUUCAUGCCAGAUCAUUGUGGGAGCUAUUGCGUCGGCGCCAGGUUCGGCUUCAAGAGCUUGGUUUAUAGACAAGUUGAGUCGUGGUGUGCGAGGGAUGCAGCGGAGAGGAUGGAACAACGCGUAUGAGCUGUUGGAGACGGCGUUGGGGAAUGACGAGGAUCUGCUUGAGCGAUUUGCAACUUUGUGGGCAGAGAUUUAAUGGCUUUAUUUUUCUAGCACGAAAACGGUAUAAUAAGACAUGAAAAUGGUCGUCAUAUCAAUAAGUAAUCACCAGCAGCAGCGUCCAAGUACCUUGGGGUCCCGGGUAGCCAACCAUUAUCAAAAGACCGACAUGGACCGGCUUCGGGGUUAAUAGGCGGGCAAUUC